UGCCAGGAAUCUAAAGAACUCAACCACCUGAUGAGCUCUGAUGUGCUGGCCACGCCCUGUGAGCAGUGUGACCACAUCUCACUGCGUGACAUCUCCCCCGUGCUGAGCCACUCACAGGUACAGCCCGUGUACCUCGCCGUCUACAGCGUGGCUUCUGCACUGCACAGGGCCCUGGGGUGCACCCACCAAGCCUGUCCCAAAGCACCCAUCAGAGCUUGGCAGCUGCUGCACUUCAUGAACACCCUCCCGUUCAAGGUGAACGGCCAAAGCUUCAGGUUUGAUCAGUCCCAUGGCACAAACACUGGCUACAAGCUUAUCUUCUGGUCCUGGAAAAACAGCACCCUCACCUAUCUGCCUGUAGGGGACUAUGAAGAGUCCCUGCACAUCAACAAGUCCCAGAUUCGGUUUCACACUGCAGAUGAAAAGGAGCCUCCAUCAGAGUGCUUCAGGCACUGUAAACCAGGACAAUUCAGACAAAUAAAAGGAUUUCACCUCUGCUGCUAUGACUGUACAGAUUGCCCAGAAAACACCUUCUGGAGCCCUGAAGACAGCUCCACCUGCACGCCCUGCCCGCAGCACCAGUGGUCCCCCGCCCGCAGCACACGGUGCCACGGCCGCAGCGAGAGGUACCUGUCCUGGGACGAGCCCCUCACUGCUGCCCUGCUGGCCCUGGUGGCCACCACCGUGGCCCUGGCCUGUCUGACAGCAGGGCUCUUCUCAAAGAGCCUCGAGACCCCCCUCGUGCAGGCUGCCGGGGGCAAGCUGACCCUCUUUGCCUUGUCCACCCUCGUGCUGCUGUCCCUCAGCUGCUGCCUCUACAUAGGGAAGCCCAGCGAGCACCUCUGUAGGAUCCAGCAGAUGGUCUCUGCCCUCUGCCUCAACGGUUGCUUCUCCACCUUCUUCAUCAAGUCCCUGGAGAUCACCCUUGUGACGGAGUUCCCUCGCUGUGCCCCCACCUUCCUGCCCUGGGUGACCCAGAGGAGGGCCUGGCUCCUCGUUGCCCUGUGCCUCCUCACCGAGGGCUUGUUCUGCCUCUGCUACCUCCGUGUGGGCCCCGACUCUCUGCUGGUUGACCACAGGUCUCUGCCCACAGAAGUUCUGCUGGUGUGCAGCACAGAGUCAUGGUUUGCCUUCACCCUGCUCCACGGCUCCAACGCCUGCCUGGCCCUCGUCUGCUUCCUCUGCACCUUCAUGGUCCAGACCUCUGGGAGGAAGUACAACAUUGCCAGGGGCAUCACGCUUGCCAUCCUCACCUACUUCAUCAUCUGCAUCUUCUUCCUUGCUGUUUUUGCCACGCUGAAGACAGUCCUCAGGUCCGUUGCUCAGAUUGGUACCAUUCUGGCAACCAGCCUGGGGAUCUUGGGGAUCUACUAUAUCCCCAAAUGCUACAUCAUCUUGCUGAAGCCUGAGCUGAACACGGUGGAUUAUUUCCAGUAUUCCAUCAAAGAGGAGCCAGAGGAGGACUCAAACAGAGAAUAA